ACUCUUACAUGCUUUCCAGUCAAGAGUAAAGAACAUCAACAAACCUUCUCCAAAAUCAUGUCUAUGCGUUUUUCAUCAGGAGGGUCCACCCGCUUCUCCACGUCUGGAGGUGGCGGUGGAGGAGGCGGCCGUAUGGGAGGGAGCAUGCGUGCCGGCAGCAUGUACGGUGGUGCCGGAGGGUCUGGUACCCGUAUUUCCAGUGCCUCUGCUUCACGUUCCUUCUCAUCUGGAGGGGGAUAUGGAGGUGGUUCUGGAUAUGGAGGGGGUGCUGGAUAUGGUGGGGGUGCUGGAUUUGGUGGGGGUGCCGGAUUUGGUGGUGGUGGAUUCAACCUGGAGGAUUCCAUGGAUGUCUCUACAAAUGAGAAAGCCACCAUGCAAAACCUCAAUGACCGUCUGGCAACCUACCUGGAGAAGGUGCGAUCUCUUGAGAAGGCAAAUGCUGACCUUGAGCUGAAGAUCCGUCAGUUCCUGGAGAGCAAGACUACACCUGGUGCUCGUGACUACAGUCACUUCUAUGCUACCAUCAGUGAACUCCAGGGCAAAAUCCAGGAUGCAACUCGUAUAAAUGGAGGAAUCUACCUCAGCAUUGACAAUGCCAAGCUGGCUGCAGAUGACUUUAGGGUCAAAUAUGAGAACGAGCUUAGCAUGAGACAGUCGGUCGAGGCAGACAUUGCUGGUUUGAGAAGAGCGCUGGAUGAGUUGACAAUGGACAGAUCUAAUCUUGAGAUGCAGAUUGAGAGUCUAAAAGAAGAGCUGAUCUUCCUCAAGAAGAACCACGAGGAGGAACUCUUGGCAUCACGCACCCAGAUGGGCGGACAGGUUAACGUGGAGGUCGACGCAGCACCACAGGAAGACCUCGCCAAAGUCAUGGCCGAAAUCCGGGAGCAUUACGAGGGCGUUGCAGCUAAGAACCGCAGAGAGCUAGAGAACUGGUUCCAAGCCAAGUCGGAAGAAAUCAACAAAGAAGUCUCCACAAGCACAGAAGUCAUCCAAACGACAAAAACGGAAUUGACAGAGCUUAAACGCACGCUCCAAGGACUGGAAAUUGAACUACAGUCACAACUCAGUAUGAAAUCGUCAUUAGAAGCCACUCUGGCAGACACGAAGAACCGAUACUCUGCUCAGUUAUCACGCUUACAGAUGCAGGUGACAUCCACGGAAGAGCAGCUGAUUAAACUUCGUUCAGAUCUGGAGCGUCAAAGUCAUGAAUACCAGGUGCUUCUGGACAUCAAGGCCAGACUGGAGAUGGAGAUUGCAGAAUACAGAAGACUCCUGGAUGGAGAAGCUUCUGGAACCUUAACCUCAACAUCAUCAGGAGGGGGCUCAUCAUCGACAUCAACAACAACACGCAAAGUUAUUACCGUUGUAGAAGAGAUGAAGGAUGGAGUGGUCAUCAGCUCGUCCAGCAAGGCUGUGACCGAGAAAAAGUGAGAAAAAGUGUAACAAGAAACAGCACAAAAGCUCUUGAGUGCUUAAAACCAAUAAACCGGUUCCAACGUGCA